GAUCCCCUAACCUCCCUUCCCAUCUCUUUGAUUCUCCAAGACGGGUCUCUAGUAGGACUCGAGAGAGAAUUGAUCUCAUUGCCUUGUCUGUAGAACAGACUCAUUCAUUGCCUCGGGCUAGAAAGUAGAGAAAAACAGCAUCUGUCAAAAUGCUCAGCUUCACCGUUGCAGAAAUCCGGGAGUUGAUGGACCGACCCACCAACAUCCGAAACAUGUCUGUCAUCGCCCACGUCGAUCACGGAAAGUCCACUCUUACCGACUCUUUGGUUUCCAAGGCUGGUAUUAUUGCCGGAAGCAAGGCUGGUGACAUGCGAUUCACCGACACUCGACAAGAUGAAAUCGACCGUGGUAUCACCAUCAAGUCGACUGCUAUCUCGAUGUAUUUCCCUCUUGACAAGGAGUACAUUUCCGAGAUCAAGCAGAAGACUGAUGGAAACGAGUUCUUGAUCAACUUGAUCGACUCGCCCGGUCACGUCGAUUUCUCUUCCGAAGUUACUGCCGCUCUUCGAGUUACCGAUGGUGCCCUUGUCGUCGUCGACUGUGUUGAAGGUGUCUGUGUCCAGACCGAGACUGUGCUUCGUCAAUCUUUGACUGAGCGGGUCCGACCUGUCCUCAUUAUCAACAAGGUCGACCGAGCUCUUUUGGAACUCCAGAUCGAAAAGGAAGACUUGUACCAAUCUUUCUGCCGAACGAUCGAAUCCGUCAACGUCAUUGUUUCGACUUACCAGGAUGCUGCUCUUGGUGAUACUCAGGUCUCCCCUGACCAGGGUACCGUCGCUUUCGGAUCCGGAUUGCACGGAUGGGCCUUCUCUCUCCGAAACUUUGCCGCUCAAUACGCCAAGAAGUUUGGUGUCGACAAGGCCAAGCUCUUGGCCAAACUCUGGGGAGACAACUACUUUAACCCAAAGACCAAGAAGUGGACCACCAAGAAUGACGGUGGACUCGAGCGAUCUUUCAACGUUUUCGUUCUUGACCCCAUUUUCCGAAUCUUUGAUGCCAUCAUGAACUUCAAGAAGGACGAAAUUCCCACUCUUCUCGACAAACUCGAGAUCAAGCUCGCUUCCGACGAGAAGGAUCUCGAGGGCAAGCCUCUGCUCAAGUGUGUCAUGCGAAAGUACUUGCCUGCCGGUGACGCUCUUUUGGAAAUGAUCUGUAUCAACUUGCCCUCUCCCGUUACUGCCCAAAAGUACCGAGUCGAGACACUCUACGAGGGACCUUUGGACGACGAGUCUGCUAUCGGUAUCCGAGACUGUGAUCCCAAGGGACCUUUGAUGGUUUACAUCUCCAAGAUGGUUCCCACCUCUGACAAGGGUCGAUUCUACGCUUUCGGACGAGUCUUCUCUGGAACCGUCUCCUCUGGACCCAAGAUCCGAAUCCAGGGACCCAACUUUGUCCCUGGAAAGAAGGAAGACUCCGUCAUCAAGUCGGUUCAGCGAACCGUUUUGAUGAUGGGACGAACUGUCGAAGCGAUCGAGGACUGCCCCGCCGGAAACAUUAUCGGUCUUGUCGGUAUCGAUCAAUUCUUGCUCAAGUCUGGAACCCUUACCACCUCCGAGACUGCCCACAACUUGAAGGUUAUGAAGUUCUCCGUCUCGCCCGUCGUCCAAGUCGCCGUCGAAUGCAAGAACGCAUCCGACUUGCCCAAGUUGGUCGAAGGUCUCAAGCGAUUGUCCAAGUCUGACCCUUGUGUCAAGACCACUGUUGGAGAGAACGGAGAAAUCAUCGUCGCCGGUGCCGGAGAGUUGCACUUGGAAAUCUGUCUCAACGAUCUGGAAAACGACCACGCCGGUGUUCCUCUCCGAAAAUCCGACCCAGUCGUCGGAUACCGAGAGACCGUCCAGAUGGAGUCCUCCAUGAUCGCCUUGUCCAAAUCUCAGAACAAGCACAACCGACUCUACGUCAAGGCUGAGCCCAUGUCUGAGGAGCUCGCUAGGGACAUUGAAGAGGGACGAGUCGCUCCCCGAGAUGACCCCAAAACCCGUGCUCGAUACCUCGCCGACACUUACGAGUGGGAUGUCACCGAUGCUCGAAAGAUCUGGACUUUCGGACCCGACACUACCGGACCCAACCUGUUCGUCGACGCCUCCAAGGGUGUUCAGUACAUGAACGAAAUCAAGGACUCGGUCGUCGCUGCCUUCCAAUGGGCUACCAAGGAAGGAGGUGUCGCCGAAGAACCCAUGAGAAGCAUUCGAUUCAACAUUCUCGACUGUACACUCCACGCCGAUGCCAUCCACCGAGGAGGUGGACAGAUCAUCCCCACCGCUCGACGAGUCUGCUACGCUGCUCAGCUCUUGGCUAAGCCCACUCUUCAGGAACCCAUGUUCUUGGUCGAAAUUGCUCUUCCGGAAUCGGCUCAGGGGGGAGUCUACUCCGUCAUGAACGUUCGUCGUGGUCAGGUCUUCAGCGCAGAACAGCGUCCAGGUACUCCCAUGUACACCCUCAAGGCCUACUUGCCGGUCUCUGAGUCGUUCGGUUUCAACGCCGCUCUUCGUGAGGCUACCGGAGGUCAAGCCUUCCCUCAAGCUGUCUUUGACCACUGGGAGCCCAUGGGAGGAGACUGUACCGAGAAGGGCAGCAAGGUCAACGAGCUCGCCGUCAAGAUCCGUACAAGAAAAGCGCUCAAGCCAGAUGUGCCUCUCUACGACCACUACUACGACAAACUCUAAGCAGCAUCCAGCUUACCCUGUCGUCCCGGUGGUCAUCAGGGGCGGUCUGGUCAGUUUCGCGGGCGUGGAGAAGCUCAGAAAGGUCGAUUUGCCAUAUUCUUGGCGAGCUUCGCUCGUCUUUUGUUUUAGUCUCAUACAUUUCCAUGAAUCGGAUCCUAUCAUG